UUUCCUCCUCGUCGCCGGAGGUUUCCCAGGUGUCUUGCUCGCUCGCUGUCUUCCAAAACUUAUGCCUGCCAUUACAACCGAGAGCAGACUUGGAUCCUAAGAUACCACUGGACUCUACAGCUGUUGAGUAAUCGUGUGAGAGAGCGAAGGAUUCACGAGUGGCUGAAUAAAUAGCUUAGUAGAGCAUAAUGCUGCUGUCAUCUGUGCCCAAGCGCAUGCUGAUGCGAAGGUCGCGCAGCCUGUCGCCCUGUCGGGCGCUUCAAACGACCGGAGCCGACUCGUCUUGCACCACAGGACGCCAGGGCUUGCGCGAGGCAGUGGAUGCCAAUCGGAAUCCCCUUGUGUCCACGUCUAGAGUGUCGAGGAAGGGCAUUUUGAGCGAGGAGGCUAGCUCGGCGAAUGUGACCCCGCACAUGCAGUACCACCACCUCGCCACGCGGUGGCUGAACAACCUACAGGGCCGCCGGAGCUCGUGGGCCGCGCUCGCCAGCAGGGGGCGCGAGCAGAACUACUGGGAAGGAGCGGGCGGCAGGGAGAGUCGCUCGUCCGGGGCCACGAGCGCAGGCGUGCUGUCGGCCGCUGCCAUCGCCUUUUGCCUGAAGAAAGACUCGAGCUCCAAAGGUGAUACACUUCUGCAGGCUGCAAGGACCAGUAGUUCUCAGGAAAUUAUCAGGUUGCUGGCGGAGGGUGCGGAUGCUGACCAUCGGCACAAGCUGGGCUGGACACCUCUCAUGGUGGCCGCAAUGAACAGACAACACAAUGUGGUGAAGGUUCUGUUGGAGAAGGGGGCGGACCCUAACCUGGGUGAUGACUUCAGCAGUGUGUAUGAAAUCUCCCGGGAGAAGAGCAUCCAUUCUCUGGAGGUGCUGGUGACGCGUGAGGAUGAGUUCAGCAGUCGUCUGAGCUCCAGGGCCAACUUCAGAGGCUGCACCCCCCUCCACUACGCCGUGCUGGCAGACGACCUCGCCACUGUACGCAUGCUGCUGGAGGCAGGUGCCGACCCCCUGCGGCCCAAUAGCCAGGGGCACAAAAGCCUCGCGAGAAAAGAGGGACCACUGCAGGAGCUGCUCAAGGAGUGGGAGGGCAAGUGUGUGGAGGCUCGGCAGCAGAGGGAGGCAGAGGAGAGGAGGCGGUUCCCUCUGGAGCGACGGCUGAAGGAGCAUAUGAUUGGCCAGGAGGGAGCCAUCAACACUGUGGCGGCAGCGAUCAGGAGGAAGGAGAAUGGGUGGUACGAUGAAGAGCAUCCAUUGGUAUUUCUCUUCCUCGGGUCCUCUGGCAUUGGUAAAACAGAACUGGCAAAGCAGGUGGCUCGAUACAUGCACAAAGACAUCAAGAAGGGUUUUAUACGGAUGGACAUGUCCGAAUUCCAGGAAAAACAUGAGGUGGCUAAGUUCAUCGGCUCCCCUCGAGGAAUCGCGGGCCAUGAAGACGGGCAGCUGACCGUUGCCGCGGACUGCCCCAACGCCGUCAUCCUGUUUGACGAGGUGGACAAGGCCCACCCGGACGUCCUCACCAUUAUGCUCCAGCUCUUCGACGAGGGGAGGCUUACUGAUGGGAAAGGGAAGACUAUUGAGUGUAAGGGCGCAGUGUUCAUCAUGACGUCUAACGUGGCCAGUGAGGAUAUUGCCCAGCAUGCUUUGGGCCUGCGGAGAGAAACUCAGGAGCAGAGCCGUCGACGCCUGGCUGACAACCUGGAAGAGGUUCAGAAAAGCAGUCAAAUCACCAUAUCCAAACAGUUUAAAGAAGAGGUCAUACGUCCCAUUCUGAAGGCUCAUUUCCGUAGAGACGAGUUUCUAGGGCGGAUCAGUGAGAUUGUUUACUUCCUGCCUUUCUGCCAUGCUGAGCUCAUUCAGCUCGUCAACAAGGAGCUCAACUUCUGGGCCAAGAAGGCGAAGCAAAGGCACAACAUCACACUGCUGUGGGAUCCGCCAGUCUUGACCUUUUGGUAG